GGCCACCACAAAAGACGCACACGGCAAUCUCCGAAGAAGCUUCCGCGGCUCCGGUUCUCCGUUUCUCCAAAAUUUUCAGUUUGAUAACGCCCGCCGGACGGUGAAGAACGCGCCGUUCUCGAUAUCUCGGAUAAAUAUAUAUAUACAUAUUAUAAGUGAACAAAUAUAUAAGUGAACAAAAAUAUAAUAGAUCGAUCUCGCCAUGAAGUCGAUGUGCUGUGUUAGUGCUGUGAUUACACUCCUGCCCCUCGUACUCCUCUCCAGACCCACCGAUGCCCAGUUCAACCAGCGCCGGCAAGUUCGCCAGAACUGCAUCACCCCCGAGAACUACUAUGGAAGUUGCGUGACCCUGACCUACUGCCCCCAGGUGGUGAACAUCUUCAGGACCACCAACAGGGAUCGGGCCCAGCGCUAUGUGAUCGCCCUGCAGCGCAGCUGUGGCACCCGCAACAUCAACGGGGAUCCGGUGAUCUGCUGCACUGAACCCAGAUAUGACCAGGUCACAGAGCGACCUCCGAACCCCUUCUUUCCCACAGCGCCACCGCCUCCGCCCGAAGUGAACGAUAAUGACUUUCUGAUAACUAUCCCGAGAACAACUACGACGACCACCUCGACCACGACGACCACUCCAGCUUCUCUACCGAUCACCUCAUCGGCGCCACUGGUGGAUCAACGGGGACCCUUGUGCCGAGGACCAGACACCAAACCCGGAAAUUGUGUGGAACUCAAGGAAUGUGCUUCGCUGUUGAAUGAACUGCUGGUAAAGCAGCGGGAUGAGACCUUUUCCAAUUUCCUGCGUGCCUCCAGAGUGAUUUGUGGCAACCAGGGCACCCGGGUGUGCUGUCCCAACGGACAGACGGUCACCACUCCGCCUCCCGUUCUGAUCAAGAACUCGGACGAAGUGCCUCGUCGGCUGUUGAAUGUGGAGGAGGGAUGUGGCUAUACGGUCGGCUACUACAAGAAGAUCGUGGGCGGUGAGGUGAGCCGCAAAGGGGCGUGGCCAUGGAUAGCACUACUUGGAUAUGAUGACGCCUCCUCGUCGCCGUUCAAGUGCGGCGGAACCCUGAUCACCGCCAGACACGUACUCACUGCGGCCCAUUGCAUCAGGGGUGAUCUGCAAUUUGUGCGUUUGGGAGAACAUGAUCUGUCCACGAACACGGAGACUCCCCAUGUGGAUAUUAAGAUUGCUAGGUACGUGGCCCAUCCUGAGUACAAUCGUAAAAAUGGACGCAGUGACAUGGCCAUCCUGUACUUGGAGCGUAAUGUGGAGUUCACCAGCAAGAUCUCGCCCAUCUGCCUGCCGCACACGGCCGCUCUGCGCCAGAAGUCCUACGUGGACUACAUGCCCUUCGUCGCCGGAUGGGGCAGGACAAUGGAGGGCGGUCAGUCGGCCACCGUGCUCAAUGAACUCCAGAUUCCCGUCUACGACAAUGCGGUGUGCCAGCAGAGUUAUGCGAAGGAGAAGCGCUACUUCUCGGCCGAUCAGUUCGACAGCGCCGUCAUCUGCGCCGGAGUUUUGACCGGCGGCAAGGAUACGUGCCAGGGCGACUCCGGCGGACCACUGAUGGUGCCGGAACCGUACGAGGGCAGACAGCACUUCUACCUGAUCGGCGUGGUGUCCUACGGCAUCGGCUGUGCCCGUCCGAAUGUGCCAGGGGUUUACUCCAGCACACAGUACUUCAUGGACUGGAUCAUCAGCCAGGUCCAGCAGACGCCCUAAGUUGCCAUCUUAAGCCAAACUAAUCUUAUCAAAAUAAAUCUGUAGUCGGAAUAAAACGAUUGAUAUUCUAAAACCAA